GUGUCUCUGUAAGGAGUACCGUGUAGUGGAACAUUUCAAGAGUAGUAACAGUCUUUUACUUUUUCAUAUUAUUGUGCCUGAACCGCUUUGUUACGAUGCCUUCAGUUGAAAGCUUUACUGUCGCAUACGACGCAGUGAAUGAAUUCGUGACUUUUUCAGAGGGAGACACUAUAACAGGGACUGUAACUCUGGCCUUAUCCAAGGAAAGCUCAGUUCAAAGCCUGUUUGUCAAGGCAAAAGGGGACGCUAACGUCCGGUGGUCUCAGAAGAGCGGUGACCGUACUCAUACGUACUCUGCGCAUACAAGAUAUUUCAAACUAAAGGAAUUUUUAAUCCCAGAGAGCGCCGGCGAAACGGUUUUGCCCCAAGGGACCCAUGUCUACAGAUUCAGCUUCCAAAUACCACCAGGAAGCAUGCCUUCAUCCUUCAGAGGGACUCACGGAAAAAUUGUCUACAAGCUAGAAGCAAAGCUGAUAAGGAGCUGGAGGAUGAACAGUACAGCAGAGAAGGAGAUCAAAUUUGUCUCCAAAUGUGUUCCAAACCUUCAUUCUCUGAUGUCACCACAAGUUGGUUCAACAAACAAAGAGAUGGGUUUUUUCUCAAAAGGACACGUACACAUGGACGUAACUGUUGACAGGAUGGGUUACGCAGCAGGUGAAACAAUAGUGGUUCUUGCUAAAGUUGACAAUUCUUCAUCCAGUGACAUGACACCGAAAUUUAGCUUAAUACAGGAAGUCGUGUACCGUGCCAAUGGCAGAACCAAACAUGAGAAUACAGUUUGCUGUAAAGUGGCUGACAACUGUAUUAAACCAAAAACACAGAAGGAGCUCAGAUGUGAAAUAAAGAUUCCUAGUGAUUACAUGCUGACAAUCCAGAACUGUGAUAUUAUCUCAGUGGAAUACUGUUUAAAGGUAUAUCUGGACAUCAGCUUUGCUUUUGAUCCAGAGGUUCUGUGCCCAGUGGUCAUUUUACCUCCCGGCUUGGCUCCUGGCUGUCUGAGUAAUAUGAAUGUAGGUCCCUAUCCAACAGGUGCUAUUGGGGGUCCAAGCAACAGUGACUUCCCUCCCCCUGCAAUGCCCAUGGGCCUUCAACCUAUGUCUCCACAUUCAGGCAGUUAUGGAUAUCCAGGAGUCCAAAGCUAUUCAGCACCACCUCCUAUAUUCCCAAAUAACCCUGCUGUAUAUGGUGGACCAGCAGGCGUGCAAUCUUCUCAGCCAACACACAUGUUUGGAGGCUACAAUAACCCAGUGCCACAGGUGCCUUCGCCAUAUGGAACUCCAUAUUCAUCUUCGUCAUCUUCUGUCCUGCACCCGCCACCACCCCCACCCCAACAAUUUUACCCACCCCCACCCCAACAAUUUCACCAACCCCCAUCUGCCCUUGAGAGCCAGCCAUCUCCUUCUAUUCAAUCUCCAGUACCUCCUGCAUACAACAUGGUGCUUUCUGCACCAGUGAUGAAUGUAGACUUCCUGUCUCAAACAGAUGGAGCUCCUCCAUCAUAUUCACUCCUUUUCCCAGACAAAUCUGAUGCAAAAUAACUGACUAAAUGCUAAUUGGUUAAUUAGUGAGUUACUAAGUUAUAAACUAAACCUGUGUAGGAAAAAAUUUGAUAUUAGACCACCCCUAUUAUGUCUUAAACAAUUUUUUAUUAAAAUGAAAUUGUUAAUGUAUGCAGUAUUUAUCAUUAGUCACCUAUAUACUGGACUUUAUAUACUGGACAUAAAUAAGACUCUUGCACUGCAUGCGAUUUAAUGGGCAGAUCAGGUCGCUCAUUAACUUUGUACCGCUACUUAUGCCUUAAUUAUCACGGUGCACUGUAUUUUGCAUUAUUUAAAGUGCCCUUUUUUAGUAUCAAUAUCUGCCUCAGUGCUCUGUUUAGAGGAAUAUUAUAAGAAAUUGCCAACACUGCAUCCGGCUUUAUAUAUAAAUAUAUAUAUAUAUAUAUAUAUGUGUGUAUAUUAUUUUUUUGUAUUAAAAAGCUGAAAAGACAUAUUUAUUUCCUCUAUACUUUAGUGUGUUGAGUUUAUCUCAGUUCAAUGCAAUUUUACCUAUGUAGCGUCAAAUCACAACAACAGUCAAAGUGUUUAACUACUUUUCUUAGCUCUUUUAUAAAUAUUUAUUAUUAUAAAAAGUUACAUUUGGGGUUUUUUUGCAAACUGACAGUUUUUUCCUCUGAGUUGUAGAGGUGAAUAAAGUUCUGUAAAGUUUAUUUUUGAAUGUUUGUGAAUAGUAAAAAUUUGUUAUUUUUUUUAUAGGUAAUCUCAUUCAUCGGAUUUUUUCCAUCUUAUCAGGUAACUCUGUUUAACAAUGUGAAAUCUUGUUCUAGUCUAAUACCUUUGGCCAUCAAACAAUUUUGAAGACAGAUUUACUUUAAACACCCGGCUGAAAUUGCACAGGUCCUUCCUACUGUGCAAUAUGCUGAGGUGAACUGCUUAAAAGAAUGUUGGAAAAAUGUUGCAACUGCUUGACAUGGGAUAGGCAGUUGGACCUUUUUUCUUCUUUCUCUUUGAAACCUCAUGCUUUAGGCAAAGGCAGGCAAUCAUUUGUAAAGUCAGCUGACUGGCAUCACGGAAAGCAGUUCAUUUGACCAACAGUCUAGUAUGUCUCCAGUACAGGACUUCAGUCUUACGUAUGAAUCAGUCAACAAUGAUGACAUUUCUUCUUAUGCACAGCUACUUAAAGGAAGAAAAAAAAAUCUGACUAUUCGGAGUAAACUGAAAAGACAAAAAACAAUGGACUUCAUUCACAACUGGUUCAUAUGUAUGAAUCUCACUCAUAAACUCUGUGGAUGAAUGUUUCACAGAGAAAUCAGUGAUCAGGACUUUCUAAUCUGAAUCUAUAUGUACUCACUGAACAAAUUUAGCUUUAGACCCUGCGUACAAACAGAUGGUGAAGACCUGGAUGUCUUAUGUUAUAGUCAAGCAAGGGAAAAUAGUGGUUGGAGACUGCACUAUUCCAAAUGUGUGCAUUGAAAGCAAGAUCUUGUUGUCUCUUAAAUGGUUGCUUCAAACAUAGCGACCUCAUCUGCGACCAUUUGUGAUUUAGAUGAAAAUGACAAUAAGAAGACAGAAGGCAAUGCCUGUCACAUGCCAGUCUCCCAAUACUCGAUGACAGGCAUAAACCAACUAUGGUCAUAUUGUUUAUGAGGGAACAAAUAUGUCAGCUUUACUUUACAGAUAACAUAAUUACUUUGCUCCUACUUUGUACUCUCAAUAUUACGGAGUACAAAGUAGCAAUAAUACACUAUCGGUCAAUUUCAUCAUGUAUUUAUAUUUAUUAACAACUAUGAAAAGUGGGGACAAAGCUUUUCAAUCUGUGGUACCAAGCUCUCCAACACACUGUAAAAAAAAAUUUUUGUGAAAACUUAGAAACUCAAGGCAACCCACUGCAUUUACGUUUUUAGGUUCUGAUGGAUAACUUAUAAUUUCAAGUUUAGGAGAAAAGUUGCUUCAAUUAAUGUUUUUGUGUUUACAAGACUAAUAACUGUGCUUUUUCUCAACUCAUAUUUUAUUGUUUUACCAAUGUAAUUCCUAAAGUUUACACAACAUAUUUUUUUUUUGUUUUGCCAAUCAAUUUCCUAAAGUCUAGAAGAAGUAUCCUUUAUAGUUUUCAUGAGGUGCUCCUAUCAAUCAAGAUAUGUUUGAUAUUCUGUCUGACAAUACCACACCUUUAAAAUUGGAUGAGUAACAUUUAUUACAAAAAUUUAACUUUCAUUUUGUUUUUGGAAAAGGACUUUAUUUGUGGCUGAAUGUUGUCAGUAUGUUAAAAAUGGCUGAUCUCAAAACAUUGUCAGUGGUGCAGUUGUGUUUGAACACAAUAAAGUUAUUUGAAAAUCAACAUUGUGUAAACAUUCAUUAAUACAACAGGGAGCACCUCAUGAAAACUAUAAAGGAUACUUUUUCUAGACUUUAGGAAAUUGAUUGGCAAAACAAAAAAAAUAUGUUGUGUAAACUUUAGGAAUUACAUUGGUAAAACAAUAAAAUAUGAGUUGAGAAAAAGCACAGUUAUUAGUCUUGUAAACACAAAAACAUUAAUUGAAGCAACUUUUCUCCUAAACUUGAAAUUAUAAGUUAUCCAUCAGAACCUAAAAACGUAAAUGCAGUGGGUUGCCUUGAGUUUUUAGGUUUUCGCAACAAUUUUUUUUUACAGUGUAAUCGCUCCACCUCUGUCUAACUGACUUAAAGUUAAAUAUUAAAAACCUUUCUGUUUAAUCUGCUGACAUUCUUUUCUUAUUUAUAUUUAUGUUGAUGUUUAUUCUGUUUUAACAUCAUUCUCGUAUUAAUACUAUUAAUUGUAAUAUUAAUGCCUGUGAAAAGCACUUUAUAAAUAAUAAUAAAAAUAAAUACAUAAACUUACUUAUUUUACUUAGUAACUUUUAAAACUUAUAAGCAAAAAUAAAACAGAAAAAAUGUUCUGUUAAUAAACAUAAUAAUAAUAAAUAAAAGUAAUUAAUAAUAAAAGACAGGACAAAUAUCACAUUGAAAGCACAAAAGCCAGAUCAAAGCUCACCAGGAUCUUUGCACAUUUUGUUGUUAUGGUGCUUAGGUUACUGUCAAUACUUGUGGGAGGUACUGAUGACAGAGAACCAGGGUGCACAAAAGAGCAUAAGGUGGCAUGUAGCCAUCACAGACAUGCAUGCUUAAUCUGCGGCAUACAAAAAUGGUGAUCUACAUUAAAGGUGUAAUGAUGUGUGCUGUGGCAGGCAGGAUUUAGGACCUAAAUGCAGGACUCCGACACAGAAUGAUAAACUAAAGGCGGCAGCUUUAUUGUUGGAGAAUGUACGAAAAGAAAACCAAACUAGGAACUCAAAACAGGAAGCUCAAACUAGAAAAAGAAACCAAAACCACGACAUUACCAGAAGCACAGAGAAAGAAAAACACAGCACAGUGAAGGCAUGACGCAACACUGCCAGAGAGAAACAAAGGGCUUAAAUACACAGGCAGGACAACAAGAGGAUGGGGAACAGGUGGUAACACAGCUGGGACAAAUCAGACCUAACAAGACAAGGGGAAGCAAAACCAGACACAUGGCACACAGGACAGGGACUAUCUUAAAUAAAACAGGAACCAUGGCAAAGACUCAGAAAACACAGGACAAGACUGGACACUGAUGGAGGUAAAACAUAAUCUAUAAUAGCAAGAAACUAAACAAUCUAACAUGAACACAUGAAAGUACAAGAAAACCAUAAACCACUCAAAGAAUCUAAUCUAACUUAGAAUAUCCUUUAACCAGUUAACACAGUCCAAAAUCUAGAGAUAGAAAACUAACAUAAGCACACAAGCACUGAAAUUGAUAUACAACCAAGAAAUAUUAACCAAACUCAAACAAAACACAUGAACAUUUGGUUACCAGACCCAGGACCAUGACAAAAGGACUAGGUCUGUUUGGUUCUGUGUCCAUAGUCCUGUUCAGUGAGUGAAAAGAUAUAGUCCAAGGAACAGGUCCAAAUGUCUGUUUACUAUCAACAGAAAACUGCUAACCAGCAAGUCUUUACAUAGAUAGAUGGAUUUUUUUUUAAAUUUUCUUUCGAACAUACAAAUAUAACCGAAAUAACAAGAAAAAAGAAAAACUUAAAAACAUUUAGUUUUCAUGAAUAUCUCUAUGUCUAUACAAUGUUUAUGCUCGAAAAGGAGUAGGAUGAAGUUUACACUUUACACUUUUAUAUCCUAUUUCAAUAUAUUUACAUCUUUAUAAAAGAAAAUCAUUUUAUGUAUGUUUCCCAAAUUCCAGCUGUUUCCCAGGUCCUUAGUUUUACCUUUUUCCCUGAGGUGGUGUUUCCACUGGUUUAAUUCCUUCCAGUUUUGCUACCAUUCAGCCUGGUACAACUGUGGGGCCUUACCGACCUGUUUAUAAUCCAGUUCAUCAAAGAGUUGCUGUAGGGAAACAGGUUAGGUUUGACUGGAGAGAAACAUUUAAAAUUAUUAUUCAUAAUCAUUGCUGCCCAGUGACAUCUUAGAGAUUGAGAACGCUGCCUUAUUGAGAGACCGUGAAGCUGUUCACCCUAGCUCAUAUAACAGUAUCGAUUGUUUAAUGAAACCAUAAGAAAGGCCAGGCAAGUGAGAGGAGAGAGCACACUACAUGUGCACACAUGGUGUUACUGCACGUAACAAAGCUGUUUUCAUCUGAAUGUCUUUUUGCAUUUGCUGCUGUUGUCCUACAUUGCAAUUUUCAAAAGUUGUUUCUGAAUGUGUAGCUUUGUGCUAAGAUAUUGUCUUGUCCAUGAUUUAAAGGUAUUUGUAAACCUAAGUUCCAUAAAGCUGAAUUAAAAUGUUUAUUGGUAGAGAACUGACUAUCCCCCUUCCCAUUCACUUGGAUAAAUAAUAAAUAAAGCAUGUUUUGGAAA